AUGGCGUGGUUUUCUAUCCCUCGACCGCUGGCGGUGCUUCUGGCACUGUCGCUCUUUGGUGAUGCCGCCACCGCCAUCGAGCUUGACUUGACCUCAAGUGCGUCGAUCAAGUCAGCGGCAAGCACAAUCGCCUUUGACAUGAUGUCCUACUAUAAAGGAAACCUCUCAGGCCAAACGCCAGGGCUACUGCCCGGUCCUCCAGCGACCCCCUCUAUAACAAAUGCGGGAUACUUCUGGUGGGAAGCAGGUGCAAUGUUUGGAAGUCUCGUCGACUACUGGUAUUACACAGGUGACACGACAUACAAUGACGUUGUCUCACAAGCACUGCUAUUUCAGACCGGUCCGGAUAAUGACUACCUUCCUACGAACCAAACCAACGGCAUGGGCAACGAUGAUCAAGGUUUCUGGGGCAUGUCGGCAAUGACUGCAGCAGAAUUGGGCUUUCCAGACCCUCCACCCGACAAGCCACAAUGGCUCGCACUUGCUCAAGGAGUCUACAACGUUCAGGCAGGCAAGUGGGACCCUACCACGUGUAAUGGAGGCUUGCAUUGGCAAGCCUUUUCCUUUCUCAACGGUUUCACCUACAAGAACUCCAUCGCCAAUGGGUGCUUCUUCAAUAUCGCUGCUCGCCUGGCCGUAUACACGGCCAAUGAUUCAUAUGCCGUAUCUGCAGAACGAACAUGGGAUUGGGUGAGAAGUGUUAAAUUCAUAGAUGACGCCUAUAAUGUGUAUGACGGCGCGCAAUCGACCGUCGACAACUGUACGCAGGUCAACAAACAGCAAUAUUCGUACAAUUCUGCCAUCUUUCUCCUCGGGGCUGCACACAUGUACAACUAUACAAAUGGUAGCCAAAUCUGGCAGGGCCGGGUCGCCGGGCUCCUCAAUGCAACCCUCACAAACUUCUUCCGAAAUGGCAUCGCCUACGAAAACAUAUGCGAAGCGAAAGUAAGCACAUGCUCGAUCGAUAUGCUCAGCUUCAAAGCCUACCUCACGCGCUGGAUGGCGGCAGCCACGAAACAAGCCCCUUUCAUCUUCGACCAGGUCAAGGGGGUUCUCGAGAGCUCUGCCAAAGCGGCAGCCCUCCAAUGUUCCGGUUCUCCGGCCGAUCAUCCAAAUGGGAGAACGUGUGGACUCAGCUGGGCACUCGGGGCAGCGUGGGAUGGCACAUCGGGAGUCGGACAGCAAAUGGCUGCGAUGGAGGUCAUUCAGAGCAAUUUGAUCACGCAAGCGAAAGCCCCUCUGACGGCGGGCUCUGGGGGCACGAGUAAGGGAGACCCCAGCGCGGGAAGCGGAGAUAUCAGCACACCAGAAGUAGUGAAGCCGAUUACCACAGCGGAUCGAGCCGGUGCUGGGAUUUUGACGGCCUUAUUGUCUGCUAUCGUGGUGAGUGGCCUGGCCUGGGUGAGCAUGGCCGAGAAGGGGGUAGGUAUCAUGAAGGGAUGA